CAUGGUUUUACUACACUAACCAUUGUUUUUUUGGUUUUAACUGUAGUAAAACCAUGGUUAAUUUUCGUAAGGGUGAAUGAAACAGAGACAGUUUAAACGUGAAUGUGUGUGCAUUAUAGUUUCAGUUUGCACGUAGCACUCAGCUAAUCAGAUUCGAGAACCACAAGAAACUGUUGUAUAAACUUUAUUAUUUGGUAUAAGUCUUGCCAGUUGCCAACUGUCAGGUGAUUUUUUUGUGACUGGCAUACACUUUAAGGACAAAAGGAAUGUGACAGCCCCUUCUAAUGAAGAGGAUUGACUACUUUAGUCAUUUCUGUGAAGGCAAAUCUUAAUGCUACAGUAUAUGAGAGUUUUGUGUUUCUAAUUUUAUGGAUUUUAUAAUUUCAAUAGUAUGGGCAGGACCCUUAUCUAUUUCAACAUGAUUAUGCCCAUGUGCACAAAGAAAGGUUAAAAAAAUUAAUGAUUAAAAACUUCACUGGUUUGCAUAUAAAGUCAACUAAACCAAGCUAAACAACUUUGGUAUGACAAACAUUCACCACCCAAACCCCCAUACAGUCAUUCCAGGGUAAAAUAAAGGCCGUAACAAAGAUUUUUUUUUAUAUGGUACUGCAUGGUAUAGCAUUACAUUUUAGUGGAAUAGAUAAUUAAUUAGGAAGUGUUUACAACUUUGUUGUGCAACUUCAGCCACAAAGAUUAUGCAAACUGUUUAAAUGAAGGUGAUAUACAGGCAUUGACUUUCAAGUAACCAUUUAUUUGGGGAAAACUGGGGUACCAGAAGCCCUUACACAAAGAGAAUGUAUUAUUUAAUAUAUUGCAUUUUAUUUUUCAGUAUAUUUCCACAUAUGUUUGUUUUGUUAUAUUGUUGUUGUUUAUUUUGUUUCAGAAUGGAAGACCUUCUUUGUUUUCUAAGGGAGAGGAAUAUCCCAGAGUCUACUAUACAGAGAAUGCAGGAGGACAAGAUUGAUCCAAGCGUCCUUCUGCUAAUGAAUGAUGACCAGAUGAAAAGCUAUUUGCCUUCCUAUGGAGACAGGCUGGCAGUGAUGGGAUAUUGUAGGAGGCAAGAAAGUGAACCCACUACUAGGAAGUCCAAGCUGUUCGAUCGCCUAAAAUCAAAAUUAAACAAAAGACAAAAAACAAAUAAUUCCGAAACAGAUCAGCAAACAACAAGAAAGAAGAAUGUUCCACCAACAAGAAAAGUGGAGAUUGGGUGGAUGCUCCACGACGGGGAAGGCUUUGUUCAAAUGAGAACCAAAAAAGGAGGUGGAACAAGGAAGUUGACUGUGCCAAGAGACUGGAAAAAACGAGAACUGACUGAGGAGGCAAUUCGUUUAUUUUUCCCAAAUGGAAAAAAUUCUCAAGGCAGCAUUUCUGAAUUUGAAGUGGAUCUAAUGAAUUAUCAGGAAAUGUCAUUAGAUGACAACAGUACAGUAGGGGAAAUGUAUGAUGCAUCAAAACUCACAAUGAUGAGGUUCUACCUCACAACAAAAAAAAUGAAGAGGGAAGCUGUUGUGGAAAUAUCAGAUUCAGACACAGUGGAGGAUGUAAAUGAUCAGGACCAGAGUCUCCCCUCUUCUUCUACUCUAAUAUUUCAGUCUUCAGAUGCCGUGGAUGUUAUUUUUGUGGAAAGUACUGGUUUAAACAGUUAUGAUGUGCCCCGCCUACAUUCCGGAGAGGAUCUAAAUGUUGCAUAUGAUGAUCUCAACGUUUCUUUACACAGUUCCACAACAGCUUUGCUAGAUGCAAGUGAUGAAGUGACAAUAUUAACUGGAGAAAUCACUGAGAUAGAUCAACAAAAUUUAGAAGACACUUUGCCUCUGAGCCCAGAAGCAUCAAUCCCACACAAAAGAAUUCUUGUGAUUCGACGGGGACAGAUAUUUUCUGAACUUAUUUCACACUUCUUUGAUGAAAGCCUUCCACACACACAGAGUGAAAUUGAAAUCAGGCUGCUUCUCCCAAAUGGGCAGUAUGAGAUGGGUCAUGACAUUGGUGGAGUUUUCAGAGAUUGCCUAUCAGAAUUCUGGCAUGAAUUUUAUGAACAGUGCACACUAGGCAACAGCUUUAAAGUACCUUUUCUUCGGCAUGAUUUUGGCCAGGAAAAGUGGGAGAGCAUUGGCCGAAUCAUAUACUUUGGCUGGAAGAAGGAAAAGUAUCUCCCAAUAAAACUUGCACCAGUAAUUAUGGAGCAAGCAAUACAGGGAUCUGUAAGAAGCGAUCUGAUUGUCAACUUUUUAAAGUACGUCUCAGAAAAUGAAUGUGCUGUUUUAGAAACCUGCAGAACAGACUUCUACAGUGUAGACCAGGAGGAAUUACUGGACGUCUUGGACAGCUACAGUUGCCGGACAGUUCCCACGGCAGAAAACAUUGAGCAAGUUUUGCAAGAACUGGCACACAAGAAACUAAUUCAAGAGCCUGCCUAUGUUCUCGAACAAUGGGCAAGCAUACUUAAGCCUUUGAGCAAGGAAUUUGAUGAAAUUGAAGCUGCAUAUGGGGAACUACAGCCAACUGUGAAGAAAAUUGUGAGAUCCCUGAAAUUCCCUGAAACAAUGAAUGCAUACCAAAAAGAAAUUUCAAAGCAUUUGACAAGAUACCUGCGGGAGUGUGACACAAAGAAACAGUCUUUGUUCCUGAGAUUCUGUACAGGCUCCGAUCUCUUUAUCGGCAAAACUAUAACUAUUGACUUCACAGACCUUAAAGGCUUUGAGAGAAGACCUGUGGCACAUACAUGUGGCUGUUUUUUGAUGCUUUCAGUGCACUAUGACAGCUAUCCUGAUUUUAGGUCAGAAAUGAACAAAAUUCUUGAGAGCAAUGUCUGGGUCAUGGACAUUAUUUAGAGGUUAAAUAACUGAAUAUCAUAAGGCCUGCAAAAACACUAUUUGCUUGUGUUCAUUGUUCUGUCAGUCAAUUUGUCAGUCAGGCUUUAAAUUGUAUUAACGUGUUCUAAAAUCAAGUGUUCUUUAUAUGGAUACAGUACAGUUUUGGGUUGCAUUGCUAGUGAACUUCGAUACUGUACUAACAAGUGAAUUGUUUACGGUGGUUUGUUUAAUUACCAUUUAAUAUUUUGUUAAAUACCUUGUGUUACGGUAUAUACAAAUACAACCUGCAUAUGUGGAACCAAUGUGAUGAGUGCACUUAAGAUGCAGUGGCCAAUACAAGUUGUGCAUUAAAUAAUGCACAAUAAAGUUUCAAGUCCUCCUGUCCUUUUUACCACACAUAUUUAUACUUGCAUGUUCAAAAUUUAAAUAUGCAUUUCGGUUUAAUCACCACUAGAAAAGCAGCACAAUUUGUUGAAUCUUGUUAUUCGAUGGCACUUCUAAAAUGGUAAAUGUCAUAUAUUGCAGUACUGUUGCACUGUAAAAAAUUCCGUAGAAAUUACAAUGUUAUUGCAGCUGGGUUGCCUGUAAUUUACAGUAGAUUUAAAUUUAUGUUAUU